AUGGUUUACCCACAUUCUUAUAGAACGGAACACAGCGAAACGAGGACUUCGAAUAGCGUGUACGGGGAAUACCACGCGCAGAUUCAGAGUAAGAAGAUCCCGAUACAACCAGAUCUGCUGAAAAUUAUACAGUUCAUUGAUUCACAUCGAAAGAAGUUUUUGAGAGAUGUGGCAGAAGCUGUGCAGAUUAAAUCGAUUUCUGGAGAUUUGGAGUACAGAGAUGAGGUACAAAAGAUGAUUAAUUUUGCGGAGGACUGGCUGUCGUUGCUUGGUUUAAAAUAUGAAAGGUUUAAUCUUGGCUUUCAUGAGCUUGAAGGGAAGAGUGUUAGAUUGCCGACGAUUAUUUUAGCAUCUUUAGGGACAGACAUGAGGAAAAAGACACUUUGUGUUUAUGUGCACAUGGAUGUGAAGAAACCUGAUGAGAGUCGGUGGGCUACUGACCCUUGGACGUUAACUGAAAACAACCACCGUUUUUAUGGAUGUGGUGUGGCUCAAGGGAAAGGAACUUUAAUGCAGUGGUUUCACGUAAUUGAGGCGUUUCAAGAAAGCAAGACUGAUUUUCCUGUCAAUCUUAAAUUUAUUAUUGAGUCAAUGUACCACCAUAACAGUGCUGGCUUGGCAGAUUUUCUUCCACUGCGCAAGCACGAUUUUUUCGUUGUUAUGGAUAAUAUCAUUGUUUGUGAUUCAGAGUGGAUAGGAAACAAACAUCCAUGUAUCAUUUAUGGGACUGUAGGUACUAUACAUUAUGAUCUUUACGUUGAGAAAGUACCGGAAUCCAAAACUGAUCCACGUGAUGAUUUGGUCAACAUCUUCAAAGAAAUCGUCGAUGAGGAAGACCAUAUUCUGAUACCCCAUUUUGAAGACAUAGUAACACAGAUUACGCCAGAAGAAGAAAAAAUGUAUGAAGACAUUCGCGAUUUUAAUAUAGAGGAAGUGCGAGAGAAUCUGCCUCCAUACAGACAAACUUGGGACAAGGUUAAAAUUCUGAUGCACUAUUGGAGAUUGCCAUCAAUCUGGGUAGGCGAAACCGAAGAAUGUAUAUGUCCCGACAAAAAGGUCGAUAUAGUCAAGAGACAUUUCAUCGCUAAAAUAGUACCACGACAGAUCAUUGACAGAAGUACCAAUAUCACCAUUUCUUAUGUUAAUCACGUGGUUAAGAAACUCAACAUCGAAAAUAAAGUAACUUGCAAGCUACUGUCGUCAACUCGAUACUGGAACGAGAAUGUUGCUAACCACAAUUAUCAGGCGGCUAGGCGAGCGACGAUACAAAUUUAUAAGGAAGAUCCGAGCAUGAUCAGAGAAGACAGGGUGAGAGUUAAUUUAACAAUUCUUGACAGAGUUUUGGAGAACAAUAUUUUGCUUCUGCCGCUGGUUUCCAGAGGUUCGAAUGCAGGUGGUGAUAAUGAGAGUAUUACCGUGCGCAAUUUUUACGAGAGUACGAAAUUGUUGGCGGCUUAUUUGUUCCAAUUAGCUAAAUAAAAAUAGGUAUUUUUACAUGUUUUAUGUAAAUUUACAUUUUUAUAUAACAAAAAGUAAA